GAAAAAAAAAAGGAUUGACGUUCUCAGAAACUGCGUGGGAAAGGGAAUCCUGAAUUCCUCCUCCUCCCACUUUCCCAAAGAACGAACAAAGAACCGCCUUGUUCUCCGCCCCCGUCGCCACGCCUCCCGAAGGCCGAAGCGACAGCGAGGUUUCCAACAAGUCAGAGCGCGCAAGUCGGAGCCCGGCCGGCCGGCGAGGCGGGCGGACUGCGGAGGGAACCAGAGAGCAAGGCGAGGAGCGCGGAAGAGCAGAGGAAGGGGGGCGGCAAAGGCAUGGCUCGGCGGCCGGCGUCGUGGGAGCAGGGCGGCGACGAGUACGACUACCUCUUCAAGGUGGUUCUCAUCGGCGACUCCGGCGUGGGCAAGUCCAACCUGCUCUCCCGCUUCACCAAGAACACCUUCGCCCUCGACUCCAAGUCCACUAUCGGCGUCGAGUUCGCCACGCGCACGAUCCAGGUGGACACUAAGACUAUAAAAGCUCAAAUUUGGGACACUGCUGGGCAGGAGAGGUAUCGAGCAAUUACAAGUGCUUACUACCGAGGAGCUGUAGGGGCAUUGCUAGUGUAUGAUGUUACUAAAGUAAUGACGUUUGAGAAUGUGAAGAGGUGGCUGAAGGAGCUCCGAGACCAUGCUGACUCGAACAUAGUUGUCAUGCUCAUUGGCAACAAGAUCGACCUUAGACACCUGCGUUCUGUCGCGGUUGAGGAUGCUGCAAGCUUUGCAGAGAGCGAAGGUUUGUUCUUCAUCGAGACCUCUGCACUUGAUGCAACAAACGUCGAGAAGGCUUUCCAGACUGUUCUAGCUGAGAUCUACAGAAUAAUCAGCAAGAAGCCCCUAUCUUCCGAGGAGUCUGGUUCAGGGUCUGGUAACCUCAGAGAGGGGCAAUCCAUUCAAGUGUCAGCCACAAAUUCUAGUGCUCUUACGUCACGGUGCUGCUCUUCUUAGAGCUUCUCACCUGGAUCAUCUAAAGAACAAUUUGUCGAAAAGGUCCUCUUUCGAGACAUACUUCGUCGAAAUAUUUACUCUGUGUGAACAAUAAGUGUAGAUUUUAAAAAUGUCAGACUUGAGACGCUGACUAUAUUUGACCUGCAUAGUCAUGUUCCGUUGAGAGGUGCUGUGGGAGAAAAGUUGUAUUGCUCUCAAGCAGAGAAGGCUUUGUAUCACCCCCAGCAAAGCUCCUUGCUCUUAACUAGUAGCAGGGUAGUCUUUGUAUGAUUUGCAGUUAUAAUUUUUAUUGGGGUUAACUAAGGCCCUGUUUAGUUUC